AUGGCAAAAUUUCGUCGACUCCUAGGCAUUGCAUUAAUGUUUUAUUCCUGCUUAUUAACAACAUCAAGGACAAUAAUGUCUAAUACUACAGUCCAGCAAGAGGAUGUAAUGGAUGAUUAUUUGACAUUACGGUGAAAUUUUCAGGUGUUUAGACAUGGCGAUCGUACAAUGGACAGGUUGAAUCGCGAAUUUUAUCCAAACGAUCCAUAUAAUGGUCGUAAUUUCUAUCCAGUUGGCGAUGGAGACUUAACUAAUGCCGGCAAGAAAAGAGCGUAUGAAUUAGGACUGCUGUUAAGAGACAAAUACCACAAAUUUCUCGGAGAUUUGUAUUAUCCACCGAAUGUCUACGCACGUAGUACAUGGGUAAUUCGAACCAAGAUGACCCUACAAUUAGUCCUUGCGGCGCUUUAUCCGCCUGUCAAAAUUCAAAAGUGGAAUUCGGAGCUUUCUUGGCAACCAGUAGACAUAAUAUAUUUUCCGAUGGAAGAAGAUGAUCUGCUAUUUCCAAUUAUGUGCUCUGUAUACCAGGAUGUUUUCAAAAAUGUGAUACAAAAUGCAGAAGUAAAAAAGGAAAUAGAACAGUUUGACAAUUUGAUGGACAUAACAUCAAAGUAUGCAGGAACUAAUAUUACAACUCUCUUGGACCUUGUUCGUUUGUAUAGUGUUUUACGUACAGAAUCAUCUAUGGGAUUAACUUUACCUAAAUGGACGCAAGACAUAUUUCCGAAUGGCAAACUUUUGAAUGCGACUCUCUUAAUGUUCAAUUUACUUAGUUAUGAUCAACUAAAUAAUCUUAAUGGAGGUGUGUUAUUAAAUAGAUUAAUUAACGACAUGAAUAAAGUGAUUAACGGAACUCUACAUCACAAAAUUAAUCUCUUCUCCGCACAUGACAUAAAUGUGUUUGGAUUGCUAUUUGCUCUAAAUAUUUCCGAACGUUAUGUACCAGAGUUUACGAGCAGCGUUAUUAUGGAAUUACAUGAAAGAAAUGAGAAGUAUUUUGUCAAAAUAUUAUAUUAUUUAGGUAUUCCACCGAAAAUAUUAGAAGUUAGUAUCCCCGGCUGUGAAGUAUUAUGUCCAUAUGACAAAUUUAUCGAAUUAACUAAGCAUUCAACUGGGAUACAACCAUGUUCAGAGAAUCAGAAAAAAAGCAAAUUUCAUGGUUCCGCACCAUUUGAUAACUUUUAA